CACGGAUUCUACUCUUAAACAAACCCUUUUCUCUCGCUCAUAUACCUGAGAGACUCUGAGAGUCCUAACAUCUCUCGGCGUUGAUCUCCAAGAUUCUCCGGCGAGAUCUCAGUCAUACGCGUCGGAAAAUCUUCAUCCUUUGAUCGCAACGCUGUCGUGGAAUAUCUGCUGGUCAUCAUAAUUAAUUUCAAAUAAAAUGGCUCCGGUGUCGGCUCUAGCCAAGUACAAGCUCGUCUUCUUAGGAGAUCAAUCAGUCGGAAAAACGAGCAUCAUUACUCGAUUCAUGUACGAUAAGUUUGACAACACUUAUCAGGCAACAAUUGGUAUUGAUUUUCUUUCAAAAACUAUGUAUCUUGAAGAUCGAACAGUUCGUUUGCAGCUUUGGGACACAGCUGGACAAGAAAGAUUCAGGAGUCUCAUUCCAAGUUAUAUUAGGGACUCCUCUGUUGCUGUCAUUGUUUUUGAUGUUGCAAGUCGUCAGUCGUUUCUGAACACUGCAAAAUGGAUUGAGGAGGUUCGUACUGAGCGAGGUAGUGAUGUCAUCAUUGUCCUAGUUGGCAAUAAAACUGACCUUGUGGAUAAGAGGCAAGUUUCAAUAGAGGAAGGAGAAGCUAAAGCUCGUGAAUAUAACGUAAUGUUUAUUGAAACUAGUGCCAAGGCAGGCUUCAAUAUAAAGGCUUUGUUUCGAAAAAUAGCAUCUGCAUUACCAGGAAUGGAAACUUUAUCUACAACAAAGCAGGAAGAUAUGGUCGAUGUAAAUCUUAAGUCCAGCAAUACAAGUGGGUCCCAGCAACCCCAAUCAGGAGGCUGUGCAUGUUGAUUGAUUCAUAUAAUAAGAUUCUUCAAAUUACCAAAUUAGUCCCUCAUAUUUUUUUUGAAGGUUUUAGUGGCUAUAUGGGAAAAAGGUUUUGUUAUGUUUGACUUUAGGUGACUUAGUUUUUUAGUGCCAUAUUUUGUGCUUACUUUUUUGAGAGUGUUCUUAUAUUGUUUUUGUUUUCUUCGAAUCUUAAACUUGGAGGCUUGAGAUAGUGCUUAACUUUGGUGAUUAAUUAUCAAUUUCCAAUUAAA